AGUAUCAUAUUGUAGUUGUAGUAGUAGUAGUAGUUGCGUCCUACCUAGGUUAUAAUCUGAUAUCCAACCCAUCUAUUGUCACUAUAAGGUUAUGAUAACUAUUUGUAGUUAAGCAUUUUAACUAUGUGUUGUUCGCGUGGGGGAUUUUUUUUGUUAACCGGCCCACUGUAGCAGCAGCAUCUUAAAAUGACAAUAAUACAAAUUUUUUGAUAAUUUUGAUAUAGAAUUUAUACUAUCAAGAGUUAAUUAUAAACCACAUUUCAUCUAUUCAUUUCACUUGCUGAUCUGUUGUCAAAAGAGGAGCUCGCAUUAGAGCGGAAUAGAAUAUCCAUUAUUCCUUAACCCGUCUUCUUUAAUAUGUCUGGUUCAAAUCAACUUCAACGAUGUUCGUUGCAUGAUUUAAGACUUGAAGACGAAAAAUUUACUGAUAAAAGUGAAAUAAAACCUUGGCUACAUAAGACCUUGUUGGAUAAAAAGGGGAUAGAGGUCGUGAUCUAUCGAUCUGAUUCUUUGAAAGUUGUGUUCAAAUGUCGAAAUGGGUCAAGAGAAGUGGUUGGAUCUAAAAAUGGAGACCCACGAGUACCUCCAAGACGUCAAACUACUUGUCCAUUCAAAAUUAGAGCCAAUUAUUCAUUCAAAAAUAAAUUCUGGAGUUUGGUUAUCAUGAAUGAUUAUCAUAAUCAUGAUGUUUAUAUUCCAGCGGAGAUUUCAAAUCCUGGAUCCAAUACUAAUGUUAAUUCUAAAAAUCAUACUAUUAAAUCAAAUCAUAAAUCAAACAAGGGCAAUCAUAAUAAUCAUACUCAUAACAACAAUAUUAAUAUCAAUAGUAUAAUUGAUGGUAGUAAUAGUCAUUCAACUAAUAUGGAUGGUUCCUUUACUGAAGAAACCGCUAUAUUAGCAUCAUCUCAUGAUUCAAGUAAAUCAGGGUCUACAGCUGAUGUAUUUGGAAAUUUAAUGGAAAGUACAACUUCAAGUGUAAGUUCAGUGGUUUUAUCUAGUAAUCAUUCUCCUGUGGAUUCAUCGAAUUCCACAUUUCAUACCAGGCCUCAAUCUCUGCCAAAGCAACAAAGAUCAUAUCAUGGGAAUAAUAAUAGUAAUAAUAAUAAUGAAUCAUCAAAGUUUAAUCCAGAACAAGUGGUUCAAUAUUUACGAAAUGAAGUUAAUCAAUUGAUUUCCAAGAAUAUUUACAAGAAUAACUUGAUUAAAGAAGAAGACAAAUCAUCUGUAUUGGAUACAUUCACUCAACAAUUACUUCUUGAUCAUAAAGAUUUAUUACUAUUAAGCAAUAAAGAAUUAUUCAAUUCCAGUGGUAAUUUAACCAUUUUACCUAAACCAACUAAAGUAGAGAAACCAACCAGAAAGAGAAAUGUACAAUCACCUCGUCAAAAGCAACAACAACAAAAGAAAUCAAUCUUAAGUAGUUGGCUUAAUACUUCCAAUACCAAUAAUCCUAAUUUGAUUCCAUUAUCACCAUUGUUGAACGAUUCUGAUAAUGAGUACUCUACAGCCAAUACUAGCAAUGGAGCUACAUCAAUUGAUAAUCUACAUUUACCAGUUAUAAAUAUUGGAAAUAACUUUAAUAAUUCUCAUCCUGUUAAUUUUGUAUUCCCAAGUCAAGUUCUGCUGCAAAUUCAAAAUCAAAAUCAACAAUUACCCUCGUUUAAUUCGAUUCAGAAUAAACUUCCAUUAUCACCGUCGGGAAAUUCAUCAUUUAUGAACAAUUCAACUACUAAUAUUGCUACCACCACUUCUUCAUUAAUGCCUCCCAUUGGGAAUACUCCUGCUACAUUAACUCCUGCUCAUAUCUUAGAGAGUUCUAACAAGAACCUCUUCAAUUUAAGUUCCUCUUCAGCCUCUGCUGCAUUGAGUGAUUUCAAAAUCGGGGGACCUAUGAACAACCUUGGUACUAAUAUAUUUUCAGGUCAAUCAUUACUUAAUGGUGGUCCUAAUAUUAUCCCAGCUAAUGUUUUAAAAGAUACGUCUAAUUUCCUUACUAGUUCAACUUUCAAUACCUUACCAUCUACAAAUCCGCAAUCACGCGAUUCAAAUUCAAAUUCAAAUUCAAAUGCCAAUGUUGGUGCUAAUGGUUUACUCAAUAACUUCAAUGAUUCAGGUUGGUAAAUAUCCCUGAUAUCUUCAAUUUCAAUACUUUUUUUCUUUUUUUCUUUCAAUUCUUCAUUUUAGUGUGUUUUAUAAUUAUUUGCUACUUUUUUCAAUUCUACUUUGUUUGCUUUACUUAUCCUAGUUUUUAAUUCAAUUUAUAGAGUAAUUUUAAUAGACGUUUAUUUCAGU